AUGUCCAGCAUUCCAGAAGAUAUCUACCGUGAAAUCCUAUUAAGGUUACCAGUGGAGUCAUUACUUGUGUGUAAGUGUAUUUGCAAGAAUUGGUAUGCCCUAAUUACUUCCUCUGAUUUUGUUAGUACCCAUAUUACUGUCCAGGAAAAGAACCCUAUUCUCAUACUUGACAAUUAUAUUAGUAAUGUACUUUACUCCAUAGGUUACGAUUCUUUAUUAGCAUCAUCUGUGUGUGACAUUAUUGAGAUGGAUUACCCGUUUAAAUCAGAUAGUACUUCUCCUCGAUUGUUGGGUGUCUGUAAUGGUCUGGCUUCUUUGUGGUUGUCUGUACUGGACUACAAGUAUAAGAGCGAAUGGCCAAUUUCAUGGAACACUGUUUGUUUUUGGAACCCGGCCACAAGAGAAUAUAAAGAAAUACCCAAAUCACCAUAUGCAUUUAAGUUACACCAUAUUUCCCUACAUGCUUUUGGUUAUGACUGCAAGACCAAUGAUUACAAGUUGAUUAUAGGUGUAGAUGCUCGGUUAUCCGAGCAUACUACUCUAGUACAAGUGUAUACGCUAGCAUCAAAUUCAUGGAAAAUCGGGAAAACUGUACCUUAUCUGUUUCAACAUGAUAAGAUACCUAAGGUGCUUGUUAAUGGCGACCUUCAUUGGUUGGGGAUAGCUCAAGGAAAUCUGUUCUUGCUAUCUUUGGAUAUCAGUGACGAGAGUUUCAAAGAAAUUGAAUUACCAAAAGAGUUUUCGGAGAAGGAUAAGGAUCUGAUGUCUCUGGGAGAGUUAGAGGGGUGCAUUUCCGUACUUGUCUUCUCACUGGUUAAUGGUGUGAAGAGUCAUAUUGAAGUAUGGGUGAUGCUGGAUUAUGGUGUUUUGGAAUCUUGGAGUAAACAUCAUGCCAUUGACUAUAGUAACAGUAUUUUCACUGGCCUAGAACAUUCUAGGCUUGUUCGGUCAUUUGAAAAUGGCGAGAUUCUAUUCUUGAGUGGAGAUGGUCUACUUUUAUAUGACCCAAAACAUGGCGGUGGCAGAUAUAUAAAAACCUAA